UUACGAUCAUAAAAUAAAUAACAAGAUAAUUUAAGAUAUCUAUACAGCUUAUGCCCAGUACUUUAUCAAGAUCCAUGUCGUGGAACAGAUACAUCAGACCCGAUGACGUCGCCAUAUCUCUACUCACAACCACAACAAUGUCAAAACCCCUGGGGAAUCCCUUUCCAUGCUAUUUCUUCCAUCGAGUCGAUUUCUGAUGUGGGAAUUCCUUAUUCUCUUCGCACUCUUCCCCAGCUUCUUCAUCGGCGGCAUCCAUCGUAUCGUCCUUGAACCGCUCUCGUCUCUCUUAUCUCCCACCCCACCGUCGUCCACCCCGCAACCAACACACCAUCAAAUAUCGUCAACAGCAGCAGCAGCAGCAACAACACCAACAAUGACCUGGUUUCAAAAGACGUUUACCCUCCCCUCCCGCGCCCGCGGUUCCUACCUCAUCACCGACAAUGUCCUUCAGGAACUGCCCGAGCUGCGCGAGUACAAGGUCGGCAUGCUGAACCUCUUCAUCCAACACACAAGCUGUGCCCUUUCUCUGAACGAGAACUGGGACGAGGACGUUCGUGCCGACAUGAGCGAUGCCCUGGACCGUAUCGCCCCAACGGAUAAGAAGGGGACGUUAUAUCGCCAUUCCGCCGAGGGAGAGGAUGACAUGCCUGCACACAUUAAAUCCGCGCUUAUUGGCGCAUCGCUCAAUAUCCCCAUCACAAACGGCCGGUUGGCGACUGGGACGUGGCAGGGAAUUUGGUACUUGGAGUUCCGGGCGAGCAGGCACAGCCGUCGCGUCGUCGCGACUAUCCAGGGCGAGAAGGCUUGACGGGCUGAUAGAGGGCUUAUGCGAAUGAACCUUGGAUAGAAAAAUUUUCUGUGGGCAUAUGUGUAUAAAAAGAUGCAAAUUAUAGGUCAUGUGGUUUAGGCGGGUAAAUCUGAGACGGUGAAAUGCAGACAAUCAAGAGAUCUUUUACUCUGACACUACGUCUAUCGAUCUGGCUGGUCUGAACUGUACAAAAAUGGCCGAUAAGAAUAUAAUUAUCCCCCAAGGCACACAGCAGAAAAGAUAGGCAAGGGAAACAAGUGAUCAACGCCAACCCACAACAAAGAAACAUAGUCUACCGUUGCUCUAAUCCUCCUUCCGUGACGCGCUGGGUCUCGUUCACCUCAGCGGAAUCGCCCGUUGCCUUGAGCGGGUAGCUGGUUGCGGGGAGGGACUCGAGGUAUGCACGGUGUUGUUCAUGGGC